AUGCCGCUAACAGAUCCUCAUCCUGAUACAGAAGACAUCGUGAAUUGGAAUCUCGAUAUUUGUCGUAUAAACAAGGUUGAUUCUCAGUAUUACAUGGAUUUUCCCAAGUGUAGGCCAUACAAUAACAAUGACAUAAUUUCAGCCAAAUCAGAUCAACAAAGGCAGAGAGAGAGAUUAGAAUUAUACGAAUUCACUGAACAAGAAGUUUCAGGAGAUGGAAAUUGUCAAUUCCGCUCAAUUUCAGAUCAAAUAUAUGGGAGUUGUGAGAAUCACAAAUUAGUAAGGGAACAAGUUGUUAAACAACUCAAAUUUUAUGGAGAGUUGUAUGAGGGGUUUGCUGCAAUGGAAGAGUAUGAUGAAUACUUGAAGAGAAUGAGCAAUUGUGGUGAAUGGGGUGAUAAUAUAACUUUGCAGGCUGCUGCAGAUUCAUAUGGGGUUAAGAUAUUUGUCAAGGACACCGACUACAUUGAGAUUCUUCCGCAAAGUGAUUGUGAUCACAAAUCGAACAAGAUGAUUUAUUUGAGCUUUUAUGCUGAAUUGCACUACAAUUCAAUGUAUCAGUAUUCAGCUGGAGAAACCUACGGGUGGGCAUAG